AUGUCUCUAGAGUUUCAACAAAUGGAUGAAGCAAGCGGGUUAAGCGCGUGGAAUGGAUACGUAGACUGGCGAAAUAAACCGGCGUUGCGUGGCCGCCAUGGUGGUAUGCUUGCUGCCUCUUUCGUCUUAGUUGUGGAAGUGUUGGAGAACCUCGCGUUCUUAGCAAACGCGAGCAAUCUAGUGUUGUAUCUGUCAACAAAGAUGGGUUUUACGCCCUCAGGUGCCGCAAACGCAGUAACCGCUUUUAUGGGAACGGCGUUUUUCUUGGCCCUUCUUGGAGGAUUUUUAGCAGAUGCUUUCUUCACUACUUUCCAUAUCUAUCUGGUCAGCGCCGCCAUCGAAACCUUGGGAUUAUUGGUGCUAACGGUUCAAGCACACGAGCACUCCACGGAGCCAUGGGGUCGUGUAGUUCUAUUCGUGGGUCUAUACUUAGUAGCUCUCGGUGUCGGAGGUAUAAAAGGCUCGUUGCCACCGCACGGAGCGGAACAGUUUGAUGAAACAACACCGAGUGGGAGGAGACAAAGAUCCUUCUUCUUCAACUACUUCAUCUUUAGCCUCUCGUGCGGUGCCUUAAUAGCCGUCACGGUCGUUGUUUGGCUCGAAGACAACAAAGGCUGGUCUUAUGGGUUUGGUAUCUCAACGGCCGCGAUCUUGAUCUCGGUCCCGGUUUUCUUAGCCGGUUCUCGAUAUUAUCGCCUCAAGGUUCCUAAUGGAAGUCCCAUCACAACUCUCUUCAAGGUCUUAACCGCUGCUUUCUACGCUAAGUAUAAAAGAAGAACAUCAAGAAACGUUGUUACUUGUCAUACAAGAAACGACUCUGACAACAACGUAAACAAGCAAAACGGCGACGGAGAUGACGGAGUUCUCGGAUCGUUCCUCGGUGAAGCUGUGAGAGAACAGGAAUCGCUACCUCGACUGCUGCGUUGCACGGUGGAACAAGUGGAAGACGUGAAGAUAGUCAUCAAGAUCUUACCCAUUUUCAUGUCUACCAUUAUGCUCAACUGCUGUCUGGCUCAGCUCUCGACGUUCUCCGUCCAACAAGCUUCGACGAUGAACACCAAGCUCGGGUCUUUAACCGUCCCACCUGCUGCAUUACCCGUUUUCCCGGUUGUCUUCAUGAUGAUCUUAGCUCCGACCUACAACCACCUUCUCCUCCCUCUAGCUAGAAAAACAACCAAAACCGAAACUGGCGUAACCCAUCUCCAACGCAUCGGAACAGGACUCGUCCUUUCCAUAGUCGCAAUGGCUGUCGCAGCCUUAGUUGAAACCAAACGCAAGCUCGUCGUUGAAGAAGUUACUUGCUGCUCAAGCAACAUCUCUACUUAUUCCUCUUCGCCGCUUCCUAUAACGUUUCUUUGGAUAGCUAUGCAAUAUGUGUUUCUUGGAUCAGCCGAUCUCUUCACUCUAGCAGGUAUGAUGGAGUUUUUCUUCACCGAAGCUCCUUCUACAAUGCGUUCCCUCGCGACCUCGCUCUCUUGGACGUCUCUUGCAAUGGGGUAUUACUUGAGCUCUGUCCUCGUCUUGGCUGUUAAUUUCGUCACAGGCUUAAACCAACACACUCCAUGGCUUUUGGGGAAGAAUCUAAACGAGUACCAUCUCGAGAGAUUCUACUGGCUCAUGUGUGUGCUUAGUGGGAUUAACUUCUUGCAUUACCUCUUUUGGGCUAAUCGCUAUGCGUACCGGUCGAACCAAGGGUAG